UCAAUAAAACAAUACAUAAAUGCACAGAGAUUAAGCGGAGAGCGUUAAAAAUAUGUAUCCGUUUAGGAAUUAAGUGCUUUUAUGUAUUUUAGCUGCCAAGUUGCCCACAAGCACCUCGCUAGCUAAGUUGUUCGGAUUUGCGAAACAGGAGACGGAACGAGAAGAAACAUCCGUGUCUGUGAUUGAAAAGCGACUGAGAAACGUGACUUCUACGCCGCUCUGCAAACUUGGCAAUGUUUACGUUUCGGUGUGGCGGGCGAUUGUCAGGUUGUCGCAGGACCCGGACCCAAGCGUUGCUGACGUCGCGAGCCGUCUGAUUGUGCACGUUGUCGAAGCGGCUAAUACCGUCUCUCGAAGCAGUCCGUCGUUCAUCAAGGAUGGAACGAAGAGUAAACGAAUAGUCACCUGUACCAACAUGUCAUACAGUGAUGAAACAGGCGAUUCUCUGCUUUCUAAAUCGCGACCGAAGUUUUCCAUUGGUUCGCCUGGUGAUUCGCUGAGCCACUCUCCUUCAGGUUAGCG